GUCUUUCGUAUGUUCAUUGUAUGCACUCUGCCCAUUGAUAUCUUGCUAUUACUGUAACCUAUUUGCUAACGCGAUUUUGUCUUUUAUCUGCCACCGCUCGCUCAUUCUCCAAGGACAUCAAACUGCAGAAUGUUUUUCUCUACCGAACUGUUGUCCAAGAGGGAUAACGGAUUCGGCCUUCUUUGGCUAGCCGCAACUCUUGGCUCGAAGUCAGCCUUUAAGAAAUUACCCAAGCGCUCCGUGUUGAGUGCAGAUAUCUCUCAAUUGUGUGAUCUGAUUGCCUCUCCUUCGGAACCUCUGGCUCUUCGCCUCUCAAGUAACUUGAUGGUCGGGGCUGCACGGUAGGCAGAUCAAAUUCGUUAGGGCCCUUCAUGCUCACUAAGUUGCAC